UAAAUAAAGUUCUUCCCAUUUAUCAGCUUAUUUAUCUCACCCAGAUAGUUUUCGGUGUUCAGUAAGAGUUGUAGACAUGGUCGACUACAGCAAGUGGAAGGAUAUUGAGAUUUCGGAUGAUGAGGAUGACACUCAUCCGAACAUUGACACACCGUCCCUUUUUCGAUGGAGACACCAAGCCAGGCUGGAGCGUAUGGCAGAGAAAGAGAAAGAACUUGAGAAGAUCAAGAAGGAAAAACAAGAAUAUGAUCGGCAGGUGAAGACUCUGAAGCAAAAGCUGGAGACUGAGCCAACACAUGACAGUACAGACAUGAGCAAACUUAAGGAAGCACUGGCUGAGCUGGAGAAGAAAGGGGCAAACUUACUUGGUAAACAGAAGGACUUAGAGAAGAAAGAAAAGCUGGAGCCUUGGAAUGUGGACACCAUCAGUAGUGACGGAUUCAGCAAAACCAUCAUCAACAAACCAGGACAGAGGAACGCAGAUGACCUCAGCGAGGAAGAGAAAGAAAAGCGCAUGAAAGAAUUUGUUAAGAAGAAUGAAUCUGAUAUAAAGAAAUACGGCAUGUUUAGAAAUUUUGACGACUCCCGAUUCCUUAUGGAACACACACAGUUGGCAUGUGAGGACACGGCCAACUACCUGGUGGUGUGGUGCAUUAACCUGGGGAUGGAGGAGAAGCAAGAACUUAUGUCCCAUGUUGCUCACCAGACCAUCUGCAUGCAGUUUAUUUUGGAGUUAGCCAAGCAGCUGGAGAGGGACCCACGCUCCUGUAUAUCAGCAUUCUUCCAUAG